AUGCUGCCUGUUCACUACAGCUUUAUCAGCCCGCCUACAGAUGAUGUCUAUCUCCAGCUUUGCAAGCGCUACCAGACGGCCCCUAACAGCGUAGAACUCAGCGAUGGUACUCAAGCCCACUGGAUUGGCCCCAGCUCCGCAAGCAAGGUCAUUAUCAAUUUGCAUGGGGGUGGAUAUGUGCUGCCAGCAAGCGAAUUUAUGGUAGAUUACAUGUUCAGGCUGCAGAAACUUGUCAGCACUUCUGCCCAGCCGGUGGGGAUACUCUUCCUUUCCUAUGACCUAAGUCCAACAGUACGAUAUCCACGGCAACUAGAGCAGGCAGUCGCACUUGUGCGAUACGUCGUUGAGGUCCUGAACAAGGCUCCCGAGGAUAUCAUCCUGACGGGAGACUCAGCAGGUGGGAAUCUAGCGUUGGGGGUGCUCUCUCAUCUCUCGGUCGCCCACCCCUCUCCAGCCAUCCCUCCAUUAAAGCUUGAGAGCAAGCUACGCGGCGUAGUCCUUGUAUCGCCCUGGGUGUCGUUCGAUUUCAAAGAUGCUUCCUGUACGAAAAACGCACGUAAGGAUCUCUUGUCCAUUACGACACUGAAACGCUGGGGCGAAGCUUUUAUGGGAACUCCAUCACCGCAUACCGACAACGUGGAAUUGUACAAUGCACCCCUCGCAGCACCAGAUGAACACUGGAGAGAUUUGAUGGCCGAGAGAGUAUUGGUGCUCGCUGGGAAGGAUGAGGUCUUGGUUGAUAGUAUUGAUCAAUUUUCGCGGAAAUUGACCGGUGCACUGGGUACCGACAGAGUGACUGUCUUGAUUGCAGAAGGAGAGGCUCACGAUAUGCCGAGUCUGGAUCUCCAAUUCGGGAUUGAGGUCAGGGGAGAGCAAGCGAAACUGAUGGCGGACUGGAUCAUUGCAAGUUUUGGAAGAGAGGGCUGA